CCAAUGCCCUGAGCUGGUCUAAGAUGAAGGUAUGGAAGCUCGCAGCCAUAGGCACCAUGGUCUUUGGCUCCAUGCUCUCGGUUUUGGUUUGUAGAGACCUGCUCAGCCGGGGCCUCAGAUCCGCUGCCUUCCCUUUGUCGCUGUUCUCCAGAACUGCCGCCACCACCGCCGCCGCCUCUCCCUCGCUGGCCCAGGGGCCAAGAAGACGUCCGCGGGAGCUGGGACGCCGCAGGUCGCUGAUCUCCCAGUAUAGCACUUUGUUUGAGAGCUACACGGAGGGGGAAAUCCACCAACUGAUCUCCACGCUGAUAGAGCGCUACAGCCAAUCCAUGAACUCGGGAGGCCACGAGCUGCCUCUCUUUGCCAAAGCCGGCAACCGGAUGAAGCGCGCUAAGACCCGCCAUAAGCCCUGCUCCCUCAAGGAGCUGGAGGUGACCAUCAGCGAGCUGGGCCUGGGCUACGAUUCGGACGAGACGGUCCUCUUCCGCUACUGCAGCGGGACCUGUGAUUCAGCUGUGCGGAACUACGACAUCUCUCUGAAGAACGUCCGAAGCAUGCGGAAGAUCCGGAAGGAGAAAGUGCGAGCCCGUCCAUGCUGUAGGCCCUUGUCCUACGAUGACGACGUCUCGUUCUUGGACGCGGGUAAUCGGUACUACACGGUAAACGAGGUCUCAGCCAAGGAAUGUGGCUGCGUGUGACCGAGUGGCGGGAGGGCGAAAUGCCAACGAGAAGGAAGAGAGUCUCCACCUCCCUCGGCUGCACCCAGGGGCUGCAAGCCAGGGUGCUCGUCCAAGGAGGAGCGCGAUGGAGAGCAGACGAGAGAGGACCAGACGGCGACAACUGCUUUGAAAGUCUACCUCAGGGCUGGUGAUGGAGGCACAGGGCCAAAGGAAUCUUGGGCUGGGGAACCAGCUUCUCUGGCAGGAUAUGCCGAGCACCUGGGGGAGAAGGGUGGCUUGAUUUUGGACCUUCCCCGAGGGCUUCCACCCCUCGGCCAGAGGGCACCGUGGCAGAAGGCCGUUCUUCUGAGUCUUGACCAAGAUGCAACCCUAUCUCCCCUGUUCUACAGAAGAGGGGGGCUUCCCAAGGCUGACGUUGCGUGGUUGGGAAAAAAACACGAGCGCCUCGCUUGUUCCAGGCGUUACGUGCCUGAGAAAGGGAUCUCGCCUGUGAUCUUCGACAGAUUUUGUCUGCUGACAUCUUGGAGCAACCACUGAGGGUCUGCGCGGGCGAAGCCUGGGAGGUCCUCCGUUAAGUGAUUCCAUUUGGGAACUGGAGCAGGGCCUCAAUUCCUGUCAGGCAGGCCAAGAUUUCUUAUUUUAAGACUUGCAGAAAAAGAGGCUGACAGGUUGAGGAAUUCUUCUCCUGCACCGUCAGACGAUGAUCCUAAUGUGAUGUUAAUGUACA